AUGGAUGUUAAUUUUUCCGGUGAAGAUCCAAGUGACUAUAAUUUCUGGGGAGAAGCGACGGAUUCGUACGAUGCCAGUGGAUUGCCGCCUCCAACGCCUCCACAAUACGCGCAUGAAAGACCUUAUCGUACAAUUAAAGGUGAAAAGGGUGAGCGUGGCCCUAAAGGACCACCUGGUGAUAGUAUACGAGGUCCACCUGGACCACCAGGCCCACCAGGUCCCAAAGGUGAUUCCGCCGCUUAUGCACCUUUCGUUGAUUUUGCAGCAAAUCCUGAGGCGAAAUAUACUGGCAAGUGUACAUGUAAUGCGUCUGAUAUCCUAGAAGCAAUUAAGGAUAAUGAAUUAUUGCGUGAAACGAUACGUGGUCCACCCGGUCUGCCGGGCAAGGAGGGAAAAACAGGUGCUCCCGGACGCACGGGUGCUACUGGGGUACCAGGUGAACGCGGUGCCCCCGGUCCCAAAGGUGACCGCGGCGAUAGGGGCGAUCCUGGUCCUCGUGGUCCCGAAGGUCUGCAGGGACAAAAAGGUGAACCAGGUGUUGAUGGACUACCUGGUGUUAUGGGUCCGCCCGGACCACCAGGUUCACCUGGUUUACCAGAGAAUUAUGAUGAAUCCUUAAUGGGCAAUUCGAUGGGUUCAUUACGUAGUGCAACGCCAGGACCAAAAGGUUCCGCAGGUGAAAAAGGUGAUGUUGGACGGACUGGUGAACGAGGGCAAGCUGGGCAGAAAGGCGAACGUGGCGAUCCUGGCAUGACUGGCGAAAAGGGCGAUAGGGGUCAUCCUGGUGUUCAUGGACCAGCAGGUGCCAAAGGAGAGCCCGGACAACCUGGCGUACCAGGCAUUGCAGGAGUACCUGGCGCAUCUGGAUUGAAGGGUGACCGUGGCUUACCUGGUGAAAUGGGACCUUCUGGUCCAGCGGGUCCACCUGGACAAGUUAUUUAUGCUGACGCUCCUUUCGGUGGUAAUGCUACACAAUGUCAAUGUCCGGCCGGACCAACUGGAUCUCCUGGUCAACGUGGUCCGCAAGGUUAUGAAGGACCACCUGGUUUGAACGGCGAGCCUGGUCCAGCUGGGCCGAGUGGUUUGACCGGCCUGCCUGGCACAAGAGGUGAAAAGGGCGAAAAAGGUAUACGUGGCCUGAACGGUCCGAAAGGUGAUCGCGGACCUGAAGGUCCACCUGGUCAAGCCUUUUUCGCUGGCGGUUAUGAAGGCAUGGCUAUGAACGGAACUAAAGGUGAUAAAGGUGAGAAAGGUAUGCGCGGACGACGCGGCAAACCGGGCACACCUGGACCAAUCGGACCGCCGGGCAAACCAGGACCAAUGGGUGAUGUUGGACAUUCGGGUAGACCAGGUAUACCAGGACCUAAAGGUGAUUCUGGAGUGAAGGGACAAAAAGGCGAAAAUGGUGGUCGAGAAGGCUGGUAUCCACGCAUGUUACGUGUGGCAGCUUUAAAUGAACCAUACAUUGGCGAUUUGCAAGGCAUACGUGGUGCUGAUUUCGCUUGUUAUCGUCAAGGCAGAAGAGCUGGUCUGUUGGGUACAUUUAAGUCAUUCCUGUCAUCAAGAGUACAGAAUCUUGAUUCGAUUGUACGUGUCGCGGACCGUGAUCUGCCGGUUGUGAACACAAGAGGAGAUGUCCUUUUCAACUCAUGGAAGGGCAUUUUUAAUGGCCAAGGAGGCUUCUUCUCACAAGCGCCGCGUAUUUACAGCUUCAGCGGUAAAAAUGUCUUAACGGAUCCACUGUGUUUAGUACAGAAUGAGAAUGAGAGAAAAGAUACGCAUACAAUAAGCAAUAUUAAAUAUAAUUUCGGCUAUUAA